GCGACAUAAUAACCUCCUUCAGCGGGUAACUUGUUGCGACUGUCGCGGAGCUUUGCGGCGAGAGCGCGCGGGAUGCGUUUUCGGUGACGCCCGUUGCGUGUGUCGGUUACAUUCGAAACCCGAAGGGGGUUUUAAGAGCUACCGCAGUCGCCAGCUACACCUAAGGCAAGAUGGGACGCUCCUCCAAAGACAAACGCGACAUUUACUACCGUCUGGCCAAGGAAGAAGGGUGGCGAGCUCGCAGCGCGUUCAAACUUCUGCAGCUGGACGAGGAAUAUCACUUAUUUCAAGGUGUCUCCCGGGCUGUGGAUCUCUGUGCAGCACCUGGUAGCUGGAGUCAAGUUCUGAGCCGAAAGCUCAAAGGAGAAGAUCCUAAAAAUGCAGAUAUCAAAAUAGUGGCUGUUGAUUUGCAAGCCAUGGCUCCAUUGCCAGGAGUCAUUCAAAUCCAAGGGGACAUCACCAAGGUUUCAACAGCUCAGGAAAUCAUUCAUCAUUUUGAGGGGCAACCAGCUGACCUGGUUGUAUGUGAUGGAGCCCCUGAUGUGACUGGACUCCAUGAUAUAGAUGAGUACAUUCAAGCCCAGCUGUUGCUUGCUGCCUUGAACAUCACUACGCAUGUCCUAAAGAAAGGGGGGACAUUUGUAGCUAAGAUAUUCCGAGGCAAGGAUGUCACUCUUCUCUAUUCCCAGUUGAAAAUAUUCUUCCCUGAUGUGACAUGUGCCAAACCCCGAAGUAGUCGCAACUCUAGCAUUGAAGCCUUUGCUGUUUGCCGAAAUUACAGUCCCCCUGAAGGUUACACGCCAAACAUGUCCAAUCCCUUAUUGGAUCAUUGCUAUGAUGUGAAUUUUAAUCAGCUGGAGGGUCCCAAUCGGGUCAUUGUCCCUUUCCUGGCUUGUGGCGAUCUUAGUGCUUACGAUUCUGAUCGGACCUACCCGCUACAGCUGGAUCCUGAGAAGGAAUAUACCUACGUGCCCCCGACCCAGCCGCCCAUCCGUCCUGCCUACGAAGAAGCCUGCUUCUUAAAGAAACACAACCUUCUUACCAAGGAACAAGGCCCCCACUCUCAGCUGCCGGAGCAAGGGGCUUCAAAUGUUCCUCUAGAGACUGAGGUCGCAGAUACCCUGGAGGAACUGUCAAUCUAACGUCAUCACAGGGCAAGCAAGAGAAAAAUGUAACCCUGUGGUGGGUUGAAAGACUACAUUUUAUCCUCUAAGGAGCAAAAGUGGAAAGGAUGGGCUUGUCUUCAGAGUUGGAACUUUGAAGCGGGAUGUUCUCAGGGAACAUGGGUACUAUCAAAAGCCUUUGGAGUCACACUGAAAUGCAAAGGAACUCUGCUCCUCCAAUGUAUACGCAUAAUCAUAGACAACCUGGCUAUCAGCAGCAGACUGCCUGUAAUAGAGAUUGGGCUCUCGUGCAGGGCUGUUGCGUUAGUCAACCUGGCUGUUCGAGAGCAGCUUGAGAGGCUGUCUCUUUCCUCCUCAUUUGCUACCUUUUUCUCCCCUAUUCAAAGGGGAGAACUUGUAAUGGUUGAAACUACAGUCACUUCUUCUGCAUCCCUUUCUCAGUUUGCUCCACCCCAGGAGUGAAAUCAUCUUCGCUACCGGUUCACAAAUGUGACUGCAUGCUCACGCGUGCCACUUUCCGCGCAUGCGCAGAGCAUCAAAAAUGGGACGUGAUUAUGUCCAGGUUGGUGGACAGAGCCUCUCGCCGCCACUGCUACCGGUUCGCCUGAAUCUGAUAGAAUCGGCUGAAUUUCACCACUGCUCCACUCCCACCCCCAGAUCUGCAAGAGGGUGGCAAAUGAAGCAACCACAGAGAUGGAGUGUUUUCGCAGGGCUCUUUAAUUCAAUCAUAGAUACUCAAAGUAAAGGAAGGGAGUGUAGUUUCACUCCAGACAGUAAUAAGCCUCUUGAGAUAAUUGAAACCUUGGCACGUUAGCAUUUAAACUGUGGUACAGAGCCUCAGCAUCUUUGUCAGCUCUGUUCUAAAGUGAGAUAAUGGGUAACUUGAAUGCUCAUAGAAUGUUAGUUUUAGGAGAAAAACUGCACAUGAGCUUGCUCUUAUUAGUUUAAAAGAUGAUAACUUAAUUCCUGGUUAGUUCACACCUUUUACUAUUUUAUUGCUCAAAAAGCCCAGGAAAUUCCUCUGUUCUUAUAUUGCAUCAUUUAUUUUAAUACAAUUUUAUCAUUUC